CAAGACCAAGUCUUAAUAGCAACUUGCCUUCCUCAGCUGCCUAAACUUUUUUUUUUUUUCUUGUGACUGAAGAGUGUCACCUUUUGCUCACUCCCAAGCCCUCUCCCCCACCCCCUCCAGACAACGUGUGUAGGGAGCAGGGCUGCUGUGCGCCACCUCCUUCACCUCCUCGGGUGACUGCUGGCUGGGAGGAACUUUCAACUCUUCUCUUUGUAAAGCUAUGAACUUCCUCGAGAAGCCCAGGAGCCAGACAGCUGCUUUUCUGCCUCUUUGCUGGCUCCUUUUGAAGCUUCUGCAACCAGGGCACAGCCACCUUUACAACAACCGCUACGCUGGUGAUAAGGUGAUAAGACUUAUUCCCAAAACAGAAGAAGAAGCGUAUGCACUGAAGGAAAUAUACCACAGACUCAAGGUGGACCUGUGGCAGCCCAGCAGUAUUGUCUAUGUGUCAGAGGGGACAGUGACCGAUGUCCAUAUUCCCCAAAAAGCUUCCCAGGGCCUGUUAGCCUUCUUCCAGGAAGCCAACAUCAAAUACAAGAUCCUCAUAGAAGAUCUUCAGAAAGCGCUGGAAAAUGGAAGUAGCCUGCAAAUCCAGAGAAAUAGAAGAUCCCUCCCUGAAUAUAAUUAUGAAAUUUAUCACUCCUUAGAAGAAAUUCAGAGUUGGAUGCAUCACCUCAACAAAACUCACUCAAGCCUCAUUCAAAUGUUCUCCAUUGGAAAAUCAUCUGAAGGAAGAUCUCUCUUUAUUUUAAAGCUGGGCAGGAGAUCACGAGCCUACAAAAGAGCUGUCUGGAUAGACUGUGGUGUUCAUGCAAGAGAAUGGAUUGGCCCUGCCUUUUGUCAGUGGUUUGUAAGAGAAGCCCUUCUAACAUACAGGAGUGACCCAGCCAUGAAAAAAUUGUUGAAUCAUCUGUAUUUCUAUAUCAUGCCCGUGUUUAACGUUGAUGGAUACCAUUUUAGCUGGACACACGAUCGGUUUUGGAGAAAAACAAGGUCAAGGAACUCAAAGUUUCAUUGCCGUGGAGUUGAUGCUAAUCGUAAUUGGAAAGUCAAAUGGUGUGAUGAAGGAGCCUCCCUGCACCCUUGCGAUGAUACCUACUGUGGCCCUUUCCCAGAAUCUGAACCAGAGGUCAAGGCUGUAGCUAACUUCCUCCGAAAACACAGGAAGCACAUUAAGGCAUAUCUCUCCUUCCAUGCGUAUGCUCAGAUGUUGCUGUAUCCCUAUUCUUAUAAAUAUGCAACAAUCCCCAAUUUUAGCUGUGUGGAAUCUGCUGCUUUCAAAGCUGUGAAAGCACUUCGGUCGGCAUAUGGGAUAAGGUACAGAUAUGGACCUGCCUCCAGAACAUUGUAUGUAAGCUCUGGUAGCUCAAUGGAUUGGGCUUACAAAAAUGGAAUACCCUAUGCAUUUGCUUUUGAACUACGCGACACUGGGCAUUUUGGAUUUUUACUCCCAGAGAUGCUCAUCAGACCCACCUGUACAGAGACCAUGCUGGCAGUGAAGAACAUCACGAUGCACCUGCUAAAGAAGUGUCCCUGA